AGGACUCAGGAUCUGAAGACGAAAAAGCAUCAUAUUCCAGUGGUUGACCGCACUCCACUUGAGCCCCCGCCAAUAGUGGUAGUGGUGAUGGGGCCUCCGAAAGUUGGAAAGAGCACCUUGAUACAGUGCCUCAUUCGGAACUUUACUAGGCAGAGGUUGACUGAGAUCAGAGGCCCCGUGACGAUUGUGUCAGGUAAAAAGCGCAGACUCACCAUUAUUGAAUGUGGGUGUGACAUUAACAUGAUGAUUGAUCUGGCUAAAGUAGCAGAUCUGGUGCUGAUGCUUAUAGAUGCCAGCUUCGGGUUUGAAAUGGAAACAUUUGAAUUUCUAAACAUUUGUCAAGUUCAUGGCUUUCCUAAAAUUAUGGGAGUUCUCACCCACCUAGACUCCUUCAAGCAUAAUAAGCAACUGAAGAAGACAAAGAAGCGAUUAAAACACAGGUUCUGGACAGAAGUCUACCCGGGUGCCAAGCUAUUCUACCUUUCUGGAAUGGUACAUGGAGAAUAUCAAAACCAAGAAAUUCACAAUCUGGGCCGUUUUAUUACAGUUAUGAAGUUUAGGCCUCUCACAUGGCAAACUUCUCACCCUUAUAUCCUGGCAGACAGGAUGGAAGAUUUGACAAACCCAGAGGAUAUGCGAACCAACAUCAAAUGUGACCGAAAGGUGUCUCUUUAUGGUUAUUUAAGAGGCGCACACUUGAAAAAUAAAAGCCAAAUUCAUAUGCCAGGUGUAGGAGAUUUUGCUGUGAGUGAUGUCAGUUUCCUCCCAGACCCCUGUGCUCUUCCUGAACAACAAAAGAAGCGCUGUUUAAAUGAGAAAGAGAAGCUAGUCUAUGCGCCUCUCUCUGGUGUUGGUGGUGUGCUGUAUGACAAAGAUGCUGUCUACGUUGACCUUGGUGGCAGCCAUGGUUGUCAGGCAUCGGACGAGGCAGGGCCCACUCACGAGCUGGUCCAGAGUCUCAUCUCCACCCGCUCCACCAUUGAUGCCAAGAUGGCUUCAAGUAGAGUGACGCUUUUUUCUGAUUCCAAACCACUGAUGUCAGAGGAUAUAGAUAACCAAGGGCUGUGGAUGCCAAAAGAGGAAAAGCAAACGGAUUUGAAAACUGGUCGAGUGCGUCGGAAAGCCAUUUUUGGAGAUGAAGAUGAUGAGUCUGGAGAUAGUGGUGACGAAGAUGAUGAUGAAAUAUCUGAAGGUGACAGGUUGGAAAAUGACUCUGGCGAUGACAAAACAGAAGAGGAGGAAGAUGCUGAGGUGUCUGAUAAGUACGUGACAGUUAAGGGCGUCAAGCGGCAGAAACUCGAGGAGCGGGAAGAAGACAGUGAGGUGGAUUUGCCAGCAUUUGCAGAUAGCGACGACGACCUUGAGAGGAGCUCCGGGGAGGAAGGGGAAGUGCAGGAAGGGGAAGUGCAGGAAGUGGAAGAAAGCAGCGAAGAAGAGGACGCCGAAGAAGAGGACGCCGCUGCAGAGGGAGAGAGGGGCAGCUCAGGGGCGAGGGCUGCUGGAGGAAGCGGUGAAACAGGACUCUGGCCCGCCAGUCACUGGGGCGACCGCGUGAGUCUGGAGAAGUCUUUGCCGCUGGAAAACGCAGCUCUCCCCACUUCCGAUUCCGGCCACUGCACAGCCGAAGAGGCGUUUGCAUCUGAAGAUGAAUCUGAAGGAAGCUCCUCACUCAGUUCAGAGGAGGAGGACUCGGAAAAUGAAGAUGUUAGUAGGAAAAGGCGUCCAAAACCUACUCAGGUGGGCAGUGGUCAGAAACUGGGGUCAGAGAACUUAACUGAGGAGACCAGUGAUAUAGAAGAUUUACUCAAGGAGGAAGAGCAUUACAAGGAAGAAAAUAACUAUUCCACAGAAACUUCAGGUGCCCUCAGAUGGAAGGAAGACCUUUCCAGAAAGGCAGCUGAGGCCUUUCUGAGGCAACAACAGGCAACUCCAAACCUCCGAAAGCUCAUUUAUGGGACGGUGACAGAGGAUAACGAAGAAGAGGGUGAUACCCGAGAAGAGCUUGGAGGGUUGUUUCGUGUCAGCCAACCUGACGGAGAGUGUAAGCACAAGGCCGACUCUUUGGACUGCUCCAGGUUUCUUGUGGAGGCGCCCCAUGAUUGGGAUUUAGAUGAGGUUAUGAACAGUAUCAAAGAUUGCUUCGUCACCGGGAAGUGGGAAGAUGAUAAAGAUGCAGCUAAGAUCUUAGCAGAAGAUGGGUAUGUCGCUGUUUGUUCAGCAGACAGUGCUAUGGAUGAAGAGGAAAGUGCCAAGAAAAAGCAUUUAGAUAAGAAGAGAAAACUGAAGGAGAUGUUCGAUGCAGAAUAUGAUGAAGGAGAAAGUACAUAUUUUGAUGAUCUCAAAGGAGAAAUGCAGAAACAGGCACAGCUUAAUCGAGCAGAAUUUGAAGAUCAAGAUGAUGAAGCCAGAGUUCAGUAUGAGGGUUUUCGACCUGGGAUGUACGUCCGAAUUGAGAUUGAGAAUGUUCCCUGUGAAUUUGUGCUGAACUUUGACCCCCAUUACCCAAUCAUCCUGGGUGGUCUGGGCAACAGUGAGGGCAAUGUCGGAUAUGUGCAGGUGCGUCUGAAGAAACAUCGCUGGUAUAAGAAAAUUCUCAAGUCCCGAGACCCAAUAAUUUUUUCUGUAGGAUGGAGGAGGUUUCAGACCAUCCCACUUUAUUAUAUCGAAGACCACAAUGGAAGACAGAGGCUUCUAAAAUAUACCCCACAGCACAUGCAUUGCGGAGCAACCUUUUGGGGUCCUGUCACUCCGCAGGGAACUGGGUUCUUGGCAAUACAGUCUGUCAGUGGCAUGAUGCCUGAUUUCCGGAUAGCUGCCACAGGUGUUGUCCUUGAUCUGGAUAAGUCCAUAAAAAUUGUGAAGAAAUUAAAGCUAACUGGUUUUCCACAUAAAAUUUUCAAGAACACUUCAUUUAUUAAGGGAAUGUUUAAUUCUGCCUUGGAAGUGGCCAAAUUUGAAGGUGCUGUGAUUCGAACUGUCAGUGGAAUAAGGGGACAGAUCAAGAAAGCACUCCGGGCUCCAGAAGGAGCUUUCCGGGCCACCUUUGAGGAUAAGUUGCUGAUGAGUGAUAUUGUCUUCAUGCGAACGUGGUAUCCUGUCUCCAUUCCAGCCUUCUACAACCCGGUCACGUCUUUGCUGAAGCCAGUGGGUGAGAAAGACACCUGGUCAGGGAUGCGAACAACAGGUCAACUCAGGCUUGCCCACGGCAUCAGACUGAAGCCCAGCAAGGAUUCCCUGUACAAGCCAAUUCUGAGACAAAAGAAACAUUUUAAUUCAUUGCACAUUCCAAAAGCUUUGCAGAAGGCCUUGCCAUUUAAGAACAAGCCCAAGACCCAAGCAAAGGCAGGCAAAGUGCCGAAGGACAGGAGGAGACCAGCCGUCAUACGUGAGCCUCACGAAAGGAAGAUCCUGGCCCUGCUGGACGCUCUGAGUGCGGUGCACAGCCAGAAGGUGAGGAAGACCAAGGAGCAGCGGCACCUGCACAAUAAAGAGCACUUCCGGGAAAAGCGGAAGGAGGAGGAGGAGAAGCUGAAGCGACAGAAGGACCUCAGGAAGAAGCUCUUCCGGAUCCAGGGUCAGCAGGAAAGAAGGAAUCAACAGCGCAGUCUGAAGGGGGCUGAGGAGCAGCCGAAGUGAGCCUUCGGAACGGAGGGGCUGUCUCUGGGUCUGCAGAGACGGACGGUUUCAGACAGCGCAGUGCUCGUAGGCAGCAAGUCGGGCGGCCAGAGCCGCAGAGAGACGUCUUUGUGGGACGGGUCACCCAGACCGUGCCUGGGAGCGGAAGAGUGGAGGGGAGGAGCCGGCGCUGGUAGGACACAGGUUCGUUCGCAGCUCACUUUCCUCUGCCUGUCUCAGUUUAAUUAUUUUGUGCUACAAAGAUACCAUUAAAAUAUUUUCCUGUU